AAGAUUUUGGUCCGUUAAACGAGUCAUUAUCCCAACAUGGCACAGCAAGGCCAAGGAGGAACGUUACCUGCACUUUAUGCCGAUUUAAAUCGGUUUGGACAGAAACAAGAGUAUGAAAGAGCCAUUAAGGCUGCGAAUAAGAUUCUUCAGCAGAAUCCAGAAGAAGAGGAGGCAUUUCAGUGUAAAGUAGUCAGCUUUAUUCUUCUGGAUCGCUUUGAUGAAGCUCUAACUGCUGUACACAAGGACAAGAAACUGCAGUUGAACCUGAAAUUUGAGAAAGCCUAUUGUGAGUACCGCCUGAACCGCACCCAGGAAGCUUUGACGACCCUCCGCUCCAUCACCAACCCAGACAGUCGCAGCAAGGAGCUCCUUGCACAAGUACUGUAUCGUCUGGAGGAGUAUGAGGAGUGUUAUGACCUCUACAGAGAUAUCGUCAAGAACUCACAGGAUGACUUUGACGAGGAACGACAGACCAACCUCGCUGCUGUUGUGGCAGCACUGCAGAUGUGGGAUGGCAACGAUGUUGAUGACCCUGGAUUAGAGGGUUCCUACGAGAUCAGCUACAACAGUGCGUGUUACUACAUCGGCCGUGGCGAUUACAAAACAGCUGAGGAGAAACUCCGCAGUGCUGAAGCUGCAUUAAAGAAUGAUCCCGAAUUGGCUGAAGAUGAACUGGAAGAGGAGCUGGCAAUCAUUAGAGUGCAGCUGGCGUAUGUGCUGCAGCAGCUCCACCGCAACAGCGAGGCCAACAAGUUGUACAACCAGGUCCUGCGGAACAAGCCAUCGGACAUCGGCCUGGUGGCAGUGGCAUCCAACAACAUGGUCACUCUGAACAAGGACCAGAAUGUGUUCGACUCUAAGAGGAAGAUGAAGGCAGCCACGGGAGACAGUUUGAAGCACAAGUUGACGUCCAGCCAGAAGACCAACAUCCAGCUGAACCAGUGUCUGCUUCACAUGUACUCUAACCAGGGAGAUAUGUGUCACAAUCUGGCGAAUAAGCUGAUGUCGCAGUACCCGGACAUUGACACCCCUGUGUUGAUACAGGCUGCGCAGUACGUCAAGGACAAGGACGUGAAGAAAGCUGUAGCUGGUCUGCAGACGUACGUCAAGUCCCACCCUGACCAGUGCUUCAGUAUUCAGCUGGUGAUUGCCCAGCUGUACCUGAGUCAGGGCGCGGUGUACCAGGCGUGUGAUGCCCUCAAGACUCUCGGAGACAUCACCUACAGACCAGGCAUAGUGUCUGCUCUGGUGACGUUGUACCUCAGCCAGGAAGACAAGGAUGCUGCCUCCGAGGUCCUCAUCAAAGCUGUGGCUUGGUACAAGAAGAACGAGCCCAAGUCUGCUGACCUCUUGACCGUGACCCGAGCUGCCUCCAACUUUGAACUGAAAAAUGGCAAUGCUGAGCAGGCAGCCAAGAUGUUGGAGGAUCUUCGCAAAUCGAGUCCGAAUGAUCCACGUGUGUUGGCACAGCUCAUCUCUGCAUACUCCCAGUUCAAUCAGGCCAAGGCUCAACAAGUGAGCAAAGACUUGCCGCCAGUGGAGGAGAUCGCGCAGAGUGUCGAUGUUGAUGCCUUGGAGGCGGCCUUCAGUACACUCGGACCUAAAUACAUGAAGAAGACGGUCAAGUCCGAGGCAUCCCCAGGAGGGUCUGGAGAUGCUCUCAUACAGAAGAAGAAGAGAAAGAAGAAGAAGGGUAAACUGCCAAAGAACAUUGACUCAGCUGCUGACCUUGACCCCGAGCGCUGGUUGCCGAAACGCGAGAGAUCAUACUACCGUGGGAAGAGGAAAGACAAGAGGAAGGAUAUUGGUAAAGGAACUCAGGGGGCGACAACAGGAGCUGCUGCUGACAUGGAUAUGGGCAAGUCCCCUACCGGCAGCGCUGCUAGUUCCCCCCGCCCUGGGCAACCCACCUCCCCUCAGAGCACCACAGGGGCUUCGGGGGGCACGGACGGGCCCAGGCAGCAGAAGCCAGCUCAGGCCAACAAGAAGAAGAGGAAGAAGGGAAAUCGAUGGUAGAAAGAUGAGCUGCCAACUGGAGCAAUAUAACAUGUGGAUAAGGUUAAAUAAAAUGAUUAUCAAGUC